ACGGAGAGGCGCAGCAGUGUGUGAUGCGUGUGUGUGUGUGUUACGGGGCUGCUCCGGUUUCAAACACAGCGCCCAUAUUUACCACAACAGUACCGGACAGACUCCGUCCCGUAGCCAUAUACCGCCGCUCAUGAGUGACGUGAAGCCCUGGUAAUGAGGGAAGACAAGAGACAGGAAGGAAAUACAAGAUGAUCGAAACAAUGGAUACUCAGCAUUGUCUGCAGGCGGUGGAUAGGUUACAGUCUCGCCUGAAGGAAAAGGGUGCAGAUGUUCCAGCUGAGGAGAAGCUGAAUCUUCUGAAAACGGUCCUGCAGAGUCCUCUCUUCCACCAGAUUCUUGCCCUGCAGAAAUCAGUGCAACAUCCGAAGGAGCAUACUCCAUAUAUUGACUCAGAUCUGAAGGGCGGCCAUGACGGGUUCUCAGCACAGCUCAAUGGACAGCCAUCAUCUGAAGAGUAUGAACAUAUCAUCCGCUCAAUGGCUCAGGGUCGGUACAUGACACAUAUUAACCUGCCAAAGCCGGCAUCCGGUGGUUUGGGCUUUAGUGUUGUUGGAUUGUGCAGUGAGGACCGUGGAGAACUCGGCAUCUUCAUUCAGGAGAUUCAGGCUGGGAGUGUGGCGGACAGUGAUGGUAAACUGAAAGAGGGAGAUCAGAUCUUGGCGAUUAAUGGUCAGCUGCUGGAUCAGAGGGUCAGUCACCAGCAGGCCAUUGCACUACUGCAGAGAGCAUCGGACCACAUGGACAUCACUGUCGCCCGUGGGCCCAUACCACAGCUGUCCAGCCCGGUGGUGUCCAGAACUCCCAGUGCUGCAAGCACCCUUUCAGCACACUCCAGUACGACCCACUGGACUCACAUGGAGACGAUCGAGCUGGUGAACGAUGGAACUGGUUUGGGUUUCGGGAUUGUUGGCGGUAAAACCACUGGAGUCAUUGUCAAAACCAUCUUACCUGGAGGCAUCGCUGAUCAGGAUGGUCGUUUACAUAGUGGGGAUCACAUCCUGCAGAUCGGGGAUACGAAUCUGUUUGGUCUGAGCAGUGAGCAGGUUGCUCAGGUCCUGAAACAGUGUGGCAACAGAGUCCGACUGCUCAUCAGCCACGCAACGGUGGACGACACUCCGCCCGUUACUGCCCACCUGCCAACCGUUACUGAGCAACAGGGUUUUGAGGAAGAAGAGCAGGACGCUUUUGAUGUGAGUUUGAUGAAGAACGCUCAGGGGCUGGGCAUCACCAUUGCUGGAUAUGUGGGGGACAAAACCUCAGAGCCCUCCGGCAUAUUCGUGAAGAGCAUUUCAAUGGAGAGUGCCGUGGAACAAGAUGGCCGAAUCCAUGUCGGUGACCAGAUCAUAGCUGUAGACGGUAUGAAUAUCCAGGGCUAUACUAACCAGCAGGCAGUUGAAGUUCUGAAACAUACUGGUCAGACUGUUCACCUAAAACUGGUCCGACGUGGCUUUAAACCAGAGGAUGCAUGCCCACCAAUCAUACCCAUCACCGUGGAGACCAGACCUGCCCCUAGUGCGUCCAGAAACUCAACGAUGGAGCGCACAAACGGCAAACAUGAUGAGAGGUUGUAUCUCAGUCCAGCUGAAACCUCCAAACCCCCGCCUGUCACAGUUCCACCCAUCAGAACUCCAGAAAGGCGAGACGGAAUGAAGCUAAGCUCUGAGGAGGAACUCAAAAUCCUGCAGAAAUGGCAGAAGGAAGUCGGCAUGUGCAGCGAGGUCAUUGUCGUUCAGGUGGAGAAGUUCAGUGAGAACAGUGGUUUAGGGAUCAGUCUAGAUGUGUGUGCCGGCCAUCACUUCCUGUGCUCUGUGCUUCCGGAGGGUCCUGUUGGACGUUCUGGAAAAAUCUGCAAUGGAGACGAACUGCUGGAGGUGAACAACAUCUCCCUCAGAGGAGAGACUCAUAAAGAGGUUGUCAACAUUCUGAAGGAACUUCCUAUCUGUGUUACCAUGGUCUGCUGUAGACCCGCCCCUCUGAUGACUGACAGCCAAACUUAUCAACUACAAGCAGGGGAUGUGGCCAUAGAGUCCACAAUUCAGGUGCAAGAUGAGCUUGAGGACUUCUUGGUUGCUGGAAAAUCCGAAGACGACAUGAAAGAUAAUGUGAAUGAAGAGUCUGCUGGAAUGCCGCUAGCGAUGUGGGAAAUAGAGAUUCAGGAAAUUGAACUGGAAAAAGGGGAAAGUGGGCUGGGCUUCAGCAUUCUUGAUUACCAGGACCCCAUGGACCCAGAUAAGACGGUGAUUGUGAUUAGGUCGUUAGUUCCUGAUGGCGAAGCAGAGCGAGAUGGACGCUUGUUGCCAGGAGACCGUCUCAUGUAUGUCAACAACAUCAACCUGGAGAGUGCCAGUUUAGAAGAGGCAGUACAGGCACUAAAGGGAGCAAAUAUGGGCACUGUCCGCAUCGGGGUGGCCAAACCACUGCCGAUCAACUCCAGUGAUUUAGACCUGUCUGACGAAAAGGCGUUUGAGCGUCAAUUUGUCGAAGAUGAGGAUGAGGUGUUGCAGGCGUCGAUGAUCGCUCAACACGGCAGCAUUUGCAACACUGAUCAUCAGAUGACCAGACAGUCCUCCACACCCAAGAGGAGUUUUCACCAGGAAUCUUUCGUGGAUUAUCCCUUCAUGGGCACGUCCAAAAUUGCAGAUGACACAGAACCCUUCACUCCUGAACAGAGGGCGGUGCCUUGGAUGCGUGAGGGAGGGGCUUUUAGGCUGGGGCCCACCCAAUCUGACUUAUUCUGUGAACUGGACCUAGAAGUGGAGCCACUGGCAUCAGAGGCGGGGUUAUCAAAAGCUAGCCCCGCCCAUAUACAUAAAGAGGAUGGGCUUGAACAGUCAUUUUACACCAAGGUGGACCCAAUGGUGGGCACCCUUGGAGAGGGUGUUGUUAAGAGUGGUCCCCAUGGAGACCAAGACUUCCAGCAGGAAAAGGAUUUCCUUCCACCUAUAACCGCAGAUGAGUCCCAGCAGGUAAACACCACCGCGGGGAGCAGUUUCGAGAGGACCAUCACUGUCGUCAAGGGCAACUCCAGUCUGGGUAUGACUGUUUGUGCAGUGAAGGAUGGUGCAGGUAUGCUGAUUCGUACUAUCAUUCAUGGUGGCUCCAUCAGCAGAGAUGGGCGUCUCGGGGUCGGUGACCUUAUUCUGGCCAUUAAUGGAGAACCAACAGGAAAACUGACCAACGCCCAGGCGCGAGCCAUGCUCCGCAGGCACUCUCUGACUGGACCAGAUAUGGGAUCCACAGCUGCUGCGGGGGAAGAGCAAAACCCCUUCUCUGUAAUCACAUAUGUAUCUGCAGAAUAUUUAGAGGAAUACAGGGCAAGCAAACAGGUCAAGGGUGACGUCCUCUCCGAUGGCAAAAACAACACUCGACAUCGGACAGUCUCUGAGCUCCCAGAGAGAGAAGAUGGAGAAGGUGAGGAGAGUGAACUACAGACAGCAGCUUCCAUCAAUUGGAAUCUCCCGCGGAGAGUGGAGUUGUACAGGGAAGCUGGGAAAUCUCUAGGCAUCAGCAUUGUUGGUGGGCGGGGCAUGGGCAGUCGCCUUAGCAACGGAGAAGUGAUGCGGGGCAUCUUUAUUAAACACAUCUUGGAGGACAGUCCUGCAGGACGCAAUGGCACGCUAAAGACAGGAGACAGGAUUGUAGAGGUGGGUGGAGUGGAUUUACAUGAUGCCAGUCAUGAGCAGGCAGUGGAGGCCAUCCGUAACGCUGGAAACCCUGUUGUGUUCCUGGUCCAUAGCAUCAUUCACAGAGCCAGAACAUCUGCGUUGGAUGCAGUGGAGGACAGUUCAGUGCCCAGUUCAGAAAACAGCAAUGAGAAGCUGAAUGGAGAGACUGGAAAAAUCUCCCCCACAACACCCAUCCUGAUGUUGCCGGUUGUCCCUCAUGUUGGGGAAACAGACACAGAUACUAUGACAGAGACCGACCAGCUCACUCUUAACAACAGUGGCCCUGAUGAGGAAGAGAUGGAUGAAUACGGAUACAGCUGGAAGGUGGUAACGGAGCGGUAUGGUCGUUUACCGGGUCAGCUGCUCAUGAUCGAGCUGGAGAAGGGUCGCACGGGUUUGGGUUUGAGUCUGGCAGGUAACCGGGACCGUUCGCGCAUGAGUGUCUUUGUUGUGGGCAUCGAUCCCAGCGGUGCCGCCGGCCAAGACGGACGCAUCAUCGUAGGAGACGAACUGCUAGAGAUAAACGGUCAGGUUCUGUACGGCCGCAGUCAUCAGAACGCUUCUGCCAUCAUUAAAAGCACCCCGUCAAAUGUCAAGAUCAUCUUCAUCCGGAACAGAGAUGCUUUGAGUCAGAUGGCUGUAGGGCCAAUGAAGGAGUUUGGAGACUCACUGGACACACACACAGAGACAGAGAUGUCCAGCUCAACACUAGACAUUAUUCAACACGUAACUCUACCUGUGGAGGAUGGAGGGGUGGGUGUAGUCCUGACGGAGGAUGACAGUGGGAACGGAUUGAUCAUUCAGAGUGUGGACAAGAGCAGACAGGCUGGAAGGGAUGGUGUGAUUAAGGCGGGACACAGACUGCUGGCAGUAGAUGAUGAAAUGGUGCUUGCACACUCUGUGGAAAAGGUGAUGUCACUACUCAAGAAAGCCCAGAACUCAGUGAAACUCACCAUCUGCACUGACCCCACCUCCCUGUCCUCAUCAUCUAAUAAGAUUGGCCCAGGAUCAGACCAGGGAACAGCCCUUCAGACUAGCCUGGCUUUGGUCUGUUUGACAUCAUCAGAAAUGGAGCCAUUCGGGAGUUCGAGCAGAUCUUCCACACCGGCAACGUUAGCUUCUGAUCCAGUGACCUGUCCCAUCAUCCCCGGCUGUGAGACCACCAUAGAGAUCAAUAAGGGAAGAACAGGACUGGGGCUCAGCAUUGUGGGUGGCUGUGACACUUUACUGGGUGGCAUAAUCAUUCACGAGGUGUAUGAGGAGGGAGCUGCCUCUAAAGAUGGUCGGCUGUGGGCAGGAGAUCAGAUUCUGGAAGUAAAUGGUAUAGACCUGCGUGUAGCGACCCACGAUGAGGCGAUCAAUGUUUUGCGUCAGACUCCGCAGCAUGUUCGACUGACAGUCUUCAGAGAUGAGGGUCAGUAUAAGGAAGAGGAUCUGUGGGAUUCUCUGACCAUUGAGCUUCAGAAGGAACCAGGCCACGGUCUCGGACUCAGCAUCAUCGGGAGAAGGAAUGAUACGGGAGUCUUUGUGUCAGACAUCGUUAAGGGUGGAGUCGUGGAGAGUGACGGACGUCUCAUGCAGGGAGACCAGAUCCUUUCUGUUAAUGGGGAAGACAUUCGCUCUUCCACGCAGGAGUAUGUGGCCGCACUGCUCAAGAGUCAUGCUGGUCCAAUCAAAAUGGAGGUUGGUCGUUUUAAGGCAGGGCCGUUCCACUCCGAGCGACGUCUGUCUCAGAGCAGUCAGAUAAGCGGGGCAGGCAGUGGUAAAGUCACUCUGUAUUCCAGCCCUUCAGCUCAGCAGGGAGACACAGAAAAAAACAAUGAAUUGCUGGAUCAAGACAUCAGGACAGUUGAAUUCAUGAAGGGCCCAUCAGACUCUCUGGGGGUCAGUAUAGCUGGAGGGGUGGGCAGUCCUCUAGGGGAUGUGCCCAUCUUUAUUGCCAUGAUGAACCCCAGCGGCCUCGCAGCACAGACGCAGAGACUCCGGAUGGGAGACAGAAUUGUGUCUAUCUGUGGAAACUCUACAGAGGGAAUGACUCACCAUCAAGCUGUUUCACUGCUGAAGAACACAGGCACCAUACAACUAAAGGUAGUUGCUGGUGAUACAACAGUAACUGGUCCUUCAUCAGAGCAGACAGCAGGACUCACAGCCAGCUGCAUUUUCCAUGACGACCUGGGUCCUCCGCAGUGUAAGAACAUCAGUUUGGAGAGAGGUUCUGAUGGACUGGGCUUUAGUAUUGUGGGUGGAUUUGGCAGCCCUCAUGGUGAUCUGCCCAUCUAUGUCAAAACUGUCUUCAGCAAGGGUGCGGCUUCAGAGGACGGUCGUCUGAAGCGUGGAGAUCAAAUCGUUGCUGUUAAUGGUCAGAGUUUAGAGGGCGUCACUCACGAGGAGGCCGUUGGUAUUCUGAAGAAAACCAAAGGAAACGUAACACUCACUGUGCUGUCAUAAAAACACACACAGCACUGGCUUAAAAGAAUAGUUUACUCAAAAAGGAAAAUUCUCGUCAUUUACUCACCUCUUUAAUCUUUCUUCCGUGGAACACAAAAUAUUCGAAUAUCAGUACAACGAACACUCCAUAAAGGACAAAAAAAAGCACCUUAAAUGUAGUCAUUACUACUUUGUAGUCUUCUGAAGACAUACAAUAGCUUUGUAUGAUACUAUUCAGAAGAUUUAAGUCAGUGUUAUAUAUAUACUGCUGUUCACAAUACAUAUUAAGGAUGAGUAAAGACAGAAUUGUCAUUUCUGAGUAAACACUUCCUUUAAGAUAUUUUGUUAAACAUUGGAUUAAAAACACACACCGAGUCUCUGAAAUGUCUCACACAUACUGUGAAGUCACAAUUAAAAAUGACACGGAUUCUAGACAAAGGACUUCGACAUGACUCUUUGCUGUUUAUGAUUUUACUCCUCAAUUGUAAGAACUUUAAAAAUGUAAAAAUGUAAGCAAUAUUCCUAGUCCUAUACUUAAAAAAAACCUUCUAAAAUACAUCUGAUGGCUUGCAGUAAGAUGAGGAUAAUCAUGAAUGUGUGUCAUUAGGGAGUGCAUGUACUCUCUCUAAAAAGGGAUUUUUAUCAUGAAGACUGAAUUUCUCCUGAUGAUAUUUGAGUAACUAUUUUUCCUAAAAUAAACUUUCAUGAAGACUGUUUGAAGGGGACACCGUGUCUAGAAAUAGUAUGAGUUAGCAUUGAAACUGAAGUGCCGAUGUUUGUGUAUUUUCCAACCAUAAACGUUGGAGUUUUGCCUUUGUGAGAAUGAAGACCUUUUUAAUCCAAGUUUUAGUUGUCAUGUUGCUGGAUGUAGAACUCACGCUACUGUUUGUCCAGUUUUAAGUUUUGUUUUUAAGUUCAGUUCUGAUACAGUAUUGGGUUUCACUACAAAUACAUUCAUGAAUAAAAGUUACCUUGAGACUG